AAUUGAAUGUACAUGCUCAUAAUCCCUUCCCUUUCUACAUUAAUAAUAUUCAUUUUUUUUCCCCGGGUCUGGAUUAUUCUAUGUUAUACUCGGUAAACUUUAUCGGGCAUAUAUUACACUAUACAUGUAUAUAGGUAUUUGGUAGUUACUUAUUUUAUGUUGUUUGACAUACAAUAUGAUAUAAUUUACAUGGUGUAGCAUAUUACAACACCUACUAGUAGCUAGGCUACUAGUCUUUGAUUUAAUGCUUAAGGAGAAAGCCAGAAAUCUUUCCUAUAAAAAAGGAGAUUGACUAAUCAUAUCUUGAUUAAUACACAUAUACAUAUAUAAAUAAAUAAUCACCAUCACCAUAAAAUAUGGAAUUUUGUACAAGAUAAAUAGAGAAGCAAUUGGUGCCAAAUUAACAAUACAAAGUAAUGGCUUCACAAAAUACAAAAUACACAAAUGUAGCAGCUAUCUUUGGAGUUACUGGGCUGGUAGGGAAGGAGAUUGCAAGAAUGCUACUCUCCACGUGUGAUUGGAAGGUGUACGGCAUAUCCCGUCGCCCCGAAAAAGUGGGGCCCGCCGACGUCGAACGGUAUCGUUUCAUUCCGUGCGACCUUCUCAAUCCAUUGGAGACUCGAAAAAAUCUAUCUCCAAUAUUGGAUGAUGUGACACACAUAUUUUGGGUCACAUGGGCUAGCCAAUUUUCUCUCGAUAGCUCCGAUUGUUACGAGCAGAAUCGAGCUAUGAUGGCUAAUGUCUUAAACGCCCUCCUCCCGAAGGCUAAGGCGUUAAGGCACGUUUCGCUCCAAACGGGGACCAAGCAUUAUGUCUCGCUUACAGGCUCCUCGGACCCACAAGUCGGCCACUACGACGAGAAAUGCCCAAGGGCGUGUUUGGGGCAUAAUUUCUAUUACGCGCUCGAAGAUUUGCUGCAAGAGAGAUUGCCUAGUCAUAACGUGGCAUGGUCGAUUCAUCGGCCUGGAUUGAUUAUGGGGUGUUCGGACAAGACUUUGUACAAUUUUAUUGGUAGUAUAUGUGUUUAUGGAGCCAUUUGUAAGCAUUUGAAUCUCCCUUUCGUGUUUGGGGGCACUAAAGAAUGUUGGGAGGAAAUGUACCUCGAUGCCUCCGACGCUCGUUUAGUGGCCGAGCAACACAUUUGGGUCGGUACGAAUGAUAAAAUUACUAGUGACAAUUUGCAGGGGCAAGCUUUUAAUGCUAUAAAUGGCGAGUCGUAUACUUGGAAGGAGAUUUGGCCGGCUAUUGGUGCUAAGUUUGGUGUUAAUGUGCAUGAAAAUGUGCCGUUUUUUUCGGGGGAUUUUGUGUUUGCAUCGGAAAUGGGUGAUAAGGGAGGCGUUUGGAAGGAGAUUGUAGCGAAAGAAGGGCUUGUGGACACUAAUUUGAUGGAUUUGGCUAAUUGGGAUUUCUUGGAUUUGUUGUUCCGAUGCCCUUUGAAGAUAUUGGGUACUCGAUUCAAGAUCGAUUCUAUGGGAUUCGAAACUAAGUAUAAGACUUUGGAUUCGAUUCUCUAUUGGAUUGAUGUCAUGAGGGCGGAUAAAUUUAUCCCAUAGUUACGCAGGUGGUGUUUGUAAAAGUUUUUUGAAAUGAACUUUGACGUAUUUAUCUCGAGUGCUUUGCAAAUUAAAACUAGUUAUUUAUUUUGCUUCUCUAAAUAUAAGUUGUCAUAAGCUAAUAUUAAUUCCAAUAAUACCUAUGUUGUAGCUUUUUUGGUUGACACUUUAUAAAUAAUUAAAAGUUGUGUUAAAUAUUUGUGUCGUUGUUAUUAUUAUCUAGUUAAAUAUUAGCUAAGUAUGGUUUGAAAAACAUAAGUUGACAUACAAGUAUUUGGUUUAUAGAGAGUUAGUGGUUGGAAUGAGGUGCACCACUAAGUAUAUAUAUA